AUGGAAUUUAAUAAGCCAAAUCCACUAAUAAUGUCCGGCAAUCUGGCCGAAAACUUCCGCACGUUCCGGCAAAGUGUUCAGAUUUACUUCGACGCAACUGAAUCGCAUUUGAAAAGACCGGCGACACAGGUAGCUAUAAUAUUAAAUUUGUUGGGCCCUGAAGCAUUAAAAAUUUAUAACACAUUGAAGCCUAAAGAGAAUACUGUCAUUGAAGUAUUAAGGGCCUUGGAGGAAUACUGCAUCCCUAGAAGAAAUCAAACAAUGGAGUUAUAUAAAUUCUUUACCAGAAAGCAAUUGGAAGGCGAAAACUUUGAUAAGUUUUAUUCGGAUCUGAGAGAUCAGGCAAAGUCUUGUGAGCUAGGGGAUUGCGAGGAUAAAUUAGUAAAAUCGCAAAUCAUUCUUGGUGUUGCUGAUCGAGACUUGCAAGCACAAUUGCUACGUGAUGACCUGUCUCUGGAAAAGGUAGUACGCCAUUGCAAGGCAAAAGAACAAAUGGAGAUCAACAGAAAACUAGUACAGGAUGAAGUCAAAUUAGUCUACAACGUCGAAGAUGGUCAAAAGAAACAUCAAGUUACAAAAGGAAGACAUUUCGAGCAGAGGACAACACAGACUGGCAGUGGCAAAGGAUGGUCAAACAAAACUCAGUCAAAUCAGUAUAGCAGCUCAGAUAGGGUAUCAAGUAAGAAUAAUUGUAAUAAACCAAAUGUAAAGGGUGUAAAUUAUAUAAAUGACUGUAAUAGAUGUGGUAAAUCGCACAAAGUAAGGGAAUGCCCUGCAUAUAAAAAAAAUUGUAGUAACUGUGGUUUACUAAAUCAUUUUAGAAACAAGUGUAGAUCAGGAAAAAGUAAAUUAGAAAAUCAAGUUGAUAACUUAGAAAUGGAAUUUUCAAUAGAUUCUUUGGAGGUAAAGAUCAUGAAUACAGAGCUCGCAUAUGGAGAAAUUAAAAAAUCUUGGAUUGAUCAUAUUAGAAUGAAUGGUGUUGAACAAAAAAUUAAAUUGGAUACUGGGGCUGAGCUAAAUGUAAUGUCUUAUAAAUUAUUUAAACAGUUUAAUGGUCUAAAUCUAAAUAAAAGUAAUGUAAUAAUUAAAUCAUUUGGUGGUUAUACCACAAACUCUAAGGGAAAUACUUUAUUUGAAUUAGAGCAUAAGGGUAAGAAAAUAAAAAGAGUAUUUGAAGUAGUUGAUUAUGAUGGGUUACCACUUUUGAGUUUUGAGGCAUGCUUGUCAUUAAAUUAUAAAUUAUCUGAGGUUAAUGAAUUAAAUAUUUUAAAUAAACAAAGUGAAAAGGAAAAGUUCAUACAAAAGAAUAAAGAGAUAUUUGAGGGUAUUGGAAAAUUCCCAGACAGGAUUAAAAUUAAAUUAAAAAAUAACCCAAAUCCGGUUUGUAACCCACCUAGGAGAGUGCCAAUCAAGAUAUUUGAUAAAUUAAGGGAGCAACUAAAUUUAAUGGUUAAACUAGAGUUGAUAGAACCAUGCAGUGAACCAAGUGAAUGGCAGAGCAACCUAGUAGUUGUUGAAAAACCUGAUGGCACAUUGAGAAUAUGUCUAGAUCCGAAGGACAUUAACGCUAAUAUAUUAAGAGAGAUGUACCAAAUACCUACGCUUGAAGAAAUAAGGCCUGCACUUGCUAAUAAAAAAUUCUAUAGUUUGUUAGACUUAAAAGAUGGUUUUUAUCAUUGCGAGUUAGAUGAGGUCUCUAGUAAUAUAUGCACUUUUAGUAGUCCUUUUGGCUCAUAUAAGUUUAAACGAUUACCAUUUGGUUUGUCUGUGGCUCCUGAAAUAUUCCAAAAAUUAAUGGUGAAAUACUUUGGGGAAAUCGCAGGUGUUCAGAUUUACUUUGAUGAUAUAUUGAUUUGUUCUGAUAGUAAGUCUGAGCAUGAUUUAAUAUUGGAAAAAGUAACAGAAAAUGCCCGUAAGUUUAAUGUUAAAUUCAAUGCUAAAAAAUUUCAAUACUGUGUUAGUGAGGUCAAAUUUUUAGGUUUCAUAUUCAAUGAGUUUGGUGUUACUCCUGAUCCUGAUAGAAUUAGGGUAAUUCAGGAAUUGAAUGAACCUACAAAUAAAAAAGAACUUCAGUCAUUUCUUGGUAUGAUUAAUUACCUAAGAUCAUUUCUACCAAACUUGUCUGAAAUUGUCACCCCAUUUAGGGAAUUAUUAAAAAAAAAUGCUCUGUGGAAUUGGAAUAAACAGUGUCAUUUGACUUUUAUCAAACUUAAAGAAUUUCUUUGUAAAAUACCUACAUUAAAAAAUUUUGAUAGCAAAUCGGGAUUGGAAAUUCAGUGUGAUGCAUCCGAGAAAGCGAUAGGUUGUUGUAUUUCACAGAUGAAAAGCCCUAUACAUUUUGCAUCAAGAUGUUUAAGUGAAACAGAGGUUGCAUACGCUCAGAUAGAAAAGGAAAUGUUGGCAAUAUCAUUUGCCUGUACAAAGUUCCACUCAUUAAUUUAUGGUCAAAAAAUUAAAAUUUAUACUGACCACCAACCUCUUGUGUCCAUUAUGAAGAAAGAUAUUCAUAAAAUUCCGAAUAACCGUUUAAAAAGACUCAGACUUAAGCUUUUAAUUUAUGAAAUAGAGUUGCAAUACUUACCAGGUCGUUAUAUGUACAUUGCUGACCUUUUAAGCAGAAAUUUUAUUAAAAGGAGUAGUAUUGGUGAGGAAAGUCUAACUGAUGUCAUUCAUACAGUGUGUGAUAUUGAGCUAGCAUAUAAAAAUUCAAAAGAACAGGAGUUUAUACAGAAAACCCAAGAUGAUGAGGUACUUGGAAAGGUACUUGUUUAUUGUAAAUCUGGGUGGCCUAGGACAAUUAUUGAGGAUGGUGAGCUCAAACAUUAUUCGAAGUUAAAAAAUGAAAUUAUAAGUAGCGAGGGACUAUUAUAUUAUCAAUCUAGGCUUUUAAUUCCAAAAACAUUAAGAAAAUACAUAAUACAUAAAUUGCAUGAAACCCACCUAGGGAUCACAAAAACUAAGGCCAGAGCUAGACAAUUAUUCUAUUUCCCUGGUAUAAAUACACAAAUUGAAAACUAUAUACUGUCUUGUGCUGUGUGUUUAAAAUUUAGUAGGUCGAAAAUUAAGGAACCAAUGCUAUCUCACACAAUUCCAGACAUUCCGUUUUAUAAAAUCGCAAUUGAUAUAGCAGAGUUUGGGGGAAAGAGCUAUUUAGUCAUUGUUGACUAUUAUUCAAGAUGGAUCGAAAUAUUAAAAUUAUUUAAUAAAACAAGUGACGCAGUCAUAGAAGUCCUUAAGCAAUUGUUUGGUAGAUUAGGUAUCCCUAGACAACUAAUUGCUGACAAUAUGCCAUUUGGUAGCUUUAAGUUCAGGGAAUUUUCAAACAAAUGGAAUUUCCAAAUUAUAACAUCAAGCCCACAUUAUGCUCAGAGCAAUGGUCUAGCUGAACGAGGGGUUAGCAUCGCUAAAGAUAUGUUAAAAAAAAGUCACCACACAGGGAUGGAUAUUGAUUUCUAUCUAUUGGCAUACAGAAAUACUCCAAUCUCUGGGUUACAAUAUAGUCCGGCCCAACUACUACAAAGCAGAGAAUUAAGGAGCACGAUGCUAGUUGAUAAAAGUAAAUUCAAACCCAAAGUAGUGUCGUGUCAUGAUAAAAUAUUACAAAAUAAAGAAAAACAAAAAUAUUUCUAUGAUAGGACAGCAAAGAAAGGAGUAGAAACAUUUGUUGAGGGACAAUUGGUCUAUGUACAGGAUAAGUUUAAUAAAACAUGGAGUGAGGGUGAAAUUUUAGAAAAAUUAAAAGAGCCAAGAAGCUAUAAAAUAAAAACAAAAAAUGGAAAUACAGUGAGAAGAAACGUACAGUGGUUAAAAAAGAGAACACAAAAUGGGUAUAAUGACGUUGGAGAAAAUGAAAAUGAUACUGAAACUGUUAAUAAUGAGACUGAAAAUGAAAAUAAUGAAAAUGAUACUGAAACUGUGAAUAAUGAGACUGAAAAUGAUACUGAAACUGUGAAUAAUGAGACUGAAAAUGAUACUGAAACUGUGAAUAAUGAGACUGAAAAUGAUACUGAAACUGUUAAUAAUGAGACUGAAAAUGAAAAUAAUGAAAAUGAUACUGAAACUGUGAAUAAUGGAAUUGAAAAAGAAAAUGAAAGUACUAAUGAUGGUAUAAAAAGAACCAAAAGAGGUAGAGUAAUUAAAACACCCAAAAGGUAUUUGUAA